CCGGCGAGCCCGGGGAAGACAGAGAAAGAGAGGCCAGGGGGGGAAACCCCAUGGCCCGGCCCGUGUCCCGCACCCUGUGCGGUGGCCUCCUCCGGCACGGGGUCCCCGGGUCGCCUCCGGUCCCCGCGAUCCGGAUGGCGCACGCAGUGGCUGGGGCCGGGCCGGGCUCGGGUGGUCGGAGGAGUCACCACUGACCGGGUCAUCUGGAGCCCGUGGCAGGCCGAGGCCCAGGAUGAGGCGCUGGAAGGCGGCGGCCCUCGUGUCGCUCAUCUGCAGCUCCCUGCUAUCUGUCUGGAUGUGCCAGGAGGGUCUGCUCUUGGGCCACCGCCUGGGACCCGCGCUUGCCCCGCUACGACGCCCUCCACGCACCCUGGACGCCCGUAUCGCCCGCCUGGCCCAGUAUCGCGCUCUGCUCCAGGGCGCCCCCGACGCGGUGGAGCUUCGAGAACUUUCUCCCUGGGCUGCCCGCAUCCCGGGACCGCGCCGUCGAGCGGGUCCCCGGCGUCGGCGGGCGCGGCCGGGCGCCCGGCCUUGUGGGCUGCGAGAGCUCGAGGUGCGCGUGAGCGAGCUGGGCCUGGGCUACACGUCGGAUGAGACCGUGCUGUUCCGCUACUGCGCAGGCGCGUGCGAGGCGGCCAUCCGCAUCUACGACCUGGGCCUUCGGCGCCUGCGCCAGCGGAGGCGCGUGCGCAGAGAGCGGGCGCGGGCGCACCCGUGUUGCCGCCCGACGGCCUAUGAGGACGAGGUGUCCUUCCUGGACGUGCACAGCCGCUACCACACGCUGCAAGAGCUGUCGGCGCGGGAGUGCGCGUGCGUGUGAUGCUACCUCUCGCCCCCCGACCUGCGAAAGGGCCCUCCCUGCCGACCCUCGCUGAGAACUGACUUCACAUAAAGUGUGGGAACUCCCGAGCCUCUGGUCGUUCAUGCUCUGCGGGGGGCCAGGGUGUGCAUGGGGGUUGUGCCCAAGGGAGGUGACGGUUCCCGAUGGCCUGGGAGCAAAGGGAACUAGAAGUGAACGAAGAAAGAGCAACCAUGGGAAAUGGCCUUGCUGGAAGAGCCCACAGAAAAUGAUGCACAUGGCCGUGGGGUCUAUAACCAAGGCACUGGACAGAUAGCACAGGCCCAGGAUAGAG